AUGGAAGAAGGGAAAAAGGGAUGGAAGAAGGGAAAAAGGGAUGGAAGAAGGGAAAAAGGGAUGAAAAAGGGUAAAAGUGAUGGAAGAUGGGAAAAGGGAAAAGGGGAUGGAAGGAGGGAAAAGGGAUGGAAGGAGGGGAAAAGGGAUGGAAAAAGGGUAAAAGGUAUGGGAGAGGGGAAAAAGGGUAAAAAGGGAUGGAAGGAGGGGAAAAGGGUAAAAAAGGGAUGGAAGGAGGGGAAGAAGGAUGGAAGAAGGAAAAAGGGAUGGAAGGAGGGAGAAAGGGUAAAAUUGAUGAAAGAUGGGAAAAGGGAAAAGGGAUGGAAGAUGGAAAAAAAGGUAAAACGGAAAAGGGAUGGAAGAAGGGGAAAAGGGAUGGAAGAAGGGGAAAAGGGAUGGAAGUAG